AGAUGAAGUAUGGAGGCUCCAAGGACACAGUAGUCCAGUUUCUCUUCUACCAGCCAAUCAGGUACCAGUGGAGAGAGACUGACUUCUUCCCCUGCUCAGUCACCUGUGGAGGAGGCUAUCAGCUGAACUCUGCAGAGUGCACAGACAUCCGAUCUAACCAGACACUGCCUGAGCAUCAUUGUAAUAGCUAUCCUGAAAACACCAAACCUACACCGAAACUCAAGGAGUGCAACAUGGACCCCUGCCCAGAGAGGUAG